GGCGGGGCCGUCACUGGGCUUUAAGGCCGGAGAGGCGGGCCAAAAAGCCGUGGCCCCGUCGCCACCCUCCAAGUUUCCGCGUCACCACCCUCUCUGCUCCGACGAAACCGGCGGCAAAAUGCGCGCAGUGGAUCCACCCCCGUCGCCUCUUCCCCAUUUCCCGUCCCCAAUUCGAGCUCGUCGUCGGAGUCGGGGGCCGUGUGGGUCGUACCGCCGGAGACAAGCAUGUUUAGCACAGUAAAGGUCCACAAUGUCUCACUUCAAGCAUCAGAACGAGUUAUCAAGGAGUUCUUUAGCUUUUCUGGUGACAUCGUACAUGUCGAAAUGCAAAGUGGUGAUAAGCGUUCUCAGUUCGCCUACAUCACCUUCAGAGAUGAGCAAGAAGCGGAGAGGGCAAUGCUUUUGACAGGCGCGACUAUAGUGGAUAUGGCUAUCAUCAUCACCCCAGCCACAAAUUACCAGCUGCCAGCAGCCGUUUUAGCUGAUUUAGAGUCAAAAAGUCCUAGUAGCAUAGAAGCUGCCCUUCGAAAGGCAGAGGAUGUUGCUGGUUCCAUGUUGGCCAAAGGAUUUAUUCUUGGCAAGGACGCCGUUGAAAAGGCAAAGACUUUUGAUGAAACACAUCAGCUCACGUCGACUGCAAGUGCUAAAGUAUCUUCCAUUGAUAAGAGUCUGGGCCUCAGUGAGAAGAUCAGCACUGGCACCAUAGUGGUGAAUGAGAAAAUGAAGGAAAUGGAUGAGAAAUACCAGGUUGCAGAGAAGACCAAGUCUGCAUUGGUAGCUGCGGAGCAGACCGUUUCUACUGCUGGUUCCAAGAUCAUGAGACACAGAUAUAUCCUUACCGGCGCAGCAUGGGUAACUGGUGCCUACAGCAAAGUUGCGACGACUGCGACUGAGGCCUACAACAAGGAAAGGGCGAUGGCUGAGCAGGAAGAUGAACUCGCGAAGAGUUCUGAAGAGGCAGGACAAGAGAGCAAGUGCCAGGAAAGUGAUCCAGCUAAGGUGCCUGUUCCAGAAAAUACUGAAACGGGCCAAAUGGCUGAUCAGGAGGGCGGAUGUCCAGAGACCAACAAACCAGAAGAUACUGAAAUGGGUAACGGUGAACAGAAAGAUCGAGAUGCCGAAAUCGCAAAGGCCCAAACUCAAGAAAACACUGGAAUAACAGCCGAGGAGCAUAAGCAUCGGGAGGCUGAGUUACCGAAGGCCAGCACACCUGAAAGUUUUCUGAUGACUGAGCAAACUGAGCAGGAACACAAGCAACCGGUCACUGAAGUUGCAAACAGCGAUAUUCCAAGCAGCCCUGUAACCAUCGCCGUCUGCAUGGCCACUGAUGAUGCAAAUUCUAGCAAUUCCCCAAAGAAGCCCGGACCUGCCUAGGAUGCAUUUGAUGAUUUAUUUGAUAGUGCAGCUGCAACUGAAUUAUAUUGUCUUCUAUAGUUUGUUUUGUCGAUGUGUUGUUGUUUUAUUAUGGAAGGAAAGUGGUGCCACAAGCUUUAUUGUCUGUACAAAGUGGCCAUGGUGUCUGUUUAUUUUCUACUCGUAGAUUCCUA